AUGGUGGCAUAUAGAGAGUGGUUAACGUUGGACUUUUGUGUUCCAGAAAAGUUUUAUGCUAACGAACGUGAACAUGGAAAUGCCUUACUUUUUAAUGGUCUCUAUAGUGUUCAGUUUUCUGCAUUGUUUUCAUUUUAUCCCCAAUUCUUAUCGGGACGCAUUUUCUCAUUAGCUUACCCUCGAUUGCUUUGUGGAACUUUUAUGGAUGGAAUGCUUGUAAACAAUGUAACUGUUUCUGAUUCAAGGCCUUCACCCCUUCCUCCUGAAUCAUAUGAGAGUGGUGCAACGAUAGAUAUUCCUCUUGAUACUCAUUCUACCAAGGAUGUCAAAGCAAAGGAGAAAGAGCUUAAAGAAAAAGAGGCUGAACUGAAAAGGCGAGAGCAGGAGUUGAAAAGGAGGGAGGAAGCAAUAGAACGAGCUGGAAUAGUGAUAGAGGUGAAAAAUUGGCCAGCAUUUUGUCCCAUUAUCCAUAAUGACAUCGCAAAUGAAAUACCAACCCACCUACAACCAACCAUAUAUGUUGCUUUCGCAACUUUGAUAGGCUUGGUUAUCUGCCUUCUGUACAAUAUAGCAGCUGCUACUGUAGCGUGGAUCAAGGGAUAUGGUUUAAUAAUUUGGCUUCUUUCCGUCAUAUAUACCUUAACCGGCAUCCCUGGAGGCUUUUACUUGUGGUAUAGUCCUCUUUAUAAGGCUGCAAGGACUGACAGUGCGUUGUGGUUUGGAUCGUUUUUCCUGGGUUACUCUCUCCAUAUGCUAUUUUGCGUUCUUGCUGCAAUUGCUCCUGAAUUCUUUUUCAGGGAAGGGUCCAUAACAGGUAUUUUGGCUGCAUUGGAUCUUUUUACACACAAUCAUGCAUUGGGGGUAAGUUCAUGGGUUCUUUAG